AUGGCCACUCCUUCUGUCAUCGCCCUGACCUCUGCCGACACGGGAAUGUACGACAUUGGUGUCAAUGGCGAUUCUCUGGCCACCGUCAACCAAUUUCUACAAGAAAAUCACGAUCGCUACCAUCCCUUUUUCAACGACAAAGGCUUCCAUAAUCACAUAACGCAUUAUAUGCUUGCUGCGUUGGCACUGGGUGCUACACCUUGGCAACUGACUCGGGCGUUUGAGCAGGAGAAAGCCAUACAGCGAGCCCAACUUCCACCGAACGCGAGCAAUGUCGCACAAUUAUCCGACGAGAUAUUUUUCAGAAACUCUCUAGGCCAGGAAGUAUUUUACACUGAUUUUCUGGUGUUUUUCCAAAACCAGAUUGCCGCCAAAGGAGUGGCGUCCGUCCUGAAUGAACAUCUAUUUUCUAGAACGAAGAAGGCGGAGCUUUUGUUCACGCGACUAUUUGCUAGUUUCCUCCAUCCUCUCAUCCAUCUUGGAUACGGAGUUGAGUUUAACCAGCCGGCCAUUGUAGCCGAAGCUCUGGCGCAAACAGCCGUUCAUAAGAAUGAAGUCGCAGUAGUCAUGCUUGGCACUGAAGCGGCAGCCCCAGCCACCGCAGGGCAAACCGAGACAAAGAAGCAAGAUGCGCCCUCUCUACUUGAUCUCCUCUCUGAGGUCCAGUCGAAAGAAGGCGUCCGUGACGCCUCUUGCUGGGGCGACGGCAGCUGGAUCGAAGAUAUCCCGCUCACAAAAGCCCCCGAAGAACUCUGGAAUAUCGCUGCGAAAUGGCGCGUGACCGCCGACGAGCUAGAAGCCCGGACAGCAGAAAUGAUCAACGUCAACGCUUACUUCUGCGGUGCAGCCCAGAUGCCGCCCAAGGAAUGUAAGCUGGACUUCUUCCUCAUUCAUAAUUUGAACUGCUCAAUUUUCUUUGCCGCUUUCCUGAAGCAGGACUGGCUCGCCGUCCAGGACAAGAUACGCCUGCUUGAGUGGAAGGGGCGGUUCGAUGUCAUCUCCUAUGCAGCGCGGGGAUCUCCAAAGCUGGAUUUGCAAGAGAUUCGGAAUUAUAAGCCCCGACGGCCGGGAACUGGCUGGAAGGAUCUGUUCCGGCGCGUGAAUGAUUUUGAUGAUGACUCGCACGUUACCAAGUUCUUGCGAGGGUUGGCGCAUGGCCAGCGGUUCUGUCUGCCCUACCAGGGAAAUGUAUGUUUUCCUCUACCAGAUGAACUGUGGCUUCAAAUCGGGCAUAUGGCCAUGGACUCUACGGAGAAGGAGCCGGUGGCUAGGAAUCGAUGGGUGAGAGGCGCAGGUUUUCCGUCACAGUGGGACCAUUUUCACGACAGAAUGUAA